AGAAUCGAAGCCAAAAUCAAUUGAAGUAGUGAGCUGUUUUAAAAAGUCGUUUUCUAGUAUAAAGGCUCCCAACGCCCGAAGCCUGCAAGUGGAAUUUCUGAUACUGACAGUUCAGUUUCAGAAUUGCCUUUUCUUUAAUCUGCAAAAAGAGAAAAGAAGGAAGAGGAAGAAGGAAGGAAAGAGUUAAGAAAUUCAAAAGCAAUUUCUUCCUAAAGCUUCACUGGGUGAAUGAUUCUACCAAGCUCUCAUGGUUUCUGGAUCUCCGAUUGAUUCCUUAUCAGUUCUCUCGUCCGAUUUGGUGUUGUAGACUUGUAGCGAUCCAGAACCUGCGAAUCUUUAUCUUUUCGGAAGCUUUGUGUGAAGAUGUAAAGAUUACUUCAAAGUGUUCUGCUUUUCCUUUUCGAUGGGAAAUGAAUUAAGAGAGGGAGUUUGAAAUCCAGUUUAACAAGUGCUUUAUGGCUUCUGACUUGCUCCAUUGCUUCGGUCCUUUGGUUUUCAGAUGAUUUAUUACUAACGCAACAUGCAGCUUUGUUACAUGCGGUGUACAAUUUGCUCUCGUGCAUUAGAAACGGUUGAAAUUUUUUUUUCUCUAACGCCUAAUUACAUGUUGAAGGAAAUGGUUUUGAGAAAUUUUGAUCGGUACUUAUCGGCAAUUUGAGCGGAAUUCUGGUAGAGAGAGCUUUGAGAAGUAACCAUGGCUGGGAAUAGAGUUGAGGUGAUCCACAGCAAGGGCUGUUCGAAAUUAUCUGUUGGGAUUUCCUCUUCGCUGUCUUCUUUGCGAGGGAUGCAAUCCUUCGAGCCAACGCAUUCAGCUUCCUUAGCCAGGUCUCAGCCCAACGUUCGAGCCAGCGGUCCAUUCGCUGGUCUGGUUAUUUGUGUCACUGGUCUAUCCAAAGAAGCGAGGAAACAGGUCAUGGAUGCCACAGAGAAAUUAGGUGGUCAAUACAGUUCCAGCUUGCAUUCACAAUGUACUCAUCUGGUGGCCCAGAGCUUCAGUGGACGUAAGUUUGAGCAUGCUUUAAAGCAUGGAUUGGGAAAUGGUCUAUUUGUUGUCACCUUGGGAUGGUUCGUGGAUAGUGUCAAGAGGAAUGUGAGGUUGAGUGAAUCACUUUAUAGUGUUAAAACUGUUGGAGAAAGUGGCUUACAAGUGAAGGAGUUGAAUCGGCCUGUGGGGUUCACUGCCACGGAGAAUACUUGUUUGCCUGUUGGUCUGCGUGAAGAUACUACACAAUGUAGCAACGGUCUGCAAUCGCAUACACACGUUACUGGAAAGGAGAAUAGUAAGACUGGGGCAGCAGUUCUUUCCAGACACUCCAUAUUUGUCGAUUCAGAUAUUUCCACGGAACUACGCAGUAAGGUUGUAGAGACAGCUACACAAGAAGGUGCUACAAUUGUGGAUCAAUGGUUUGUUGGUUGCAGUGCAAGUCAUGUAGUGUGUGAAGGACCUUCUGUUCAGAGAUAUCUUGGCCACACUGAUAAUGUUGUCACACCAUUUUGGAUUCUCAAAACGACGAAGGAGAAAAAUAAGCAAAGGCUCGUGCAUUUGUCUGCUGAUUUAGCUAGGCAAGUUGGCAUGAUCCUGGAGAGUUUUCAGACUGUAAUCGCAGGGAAGGCAGCAAAUGGGGUUGGUGCCUGUCAAGAUUCACUAAAUUUUCAUUUAGCACAAAGAAAAUUUAUAAAAAUCCCUGAAGAAAGACAGAAGACUGUUAAUUUGGCAAAAGUUGGUGUCAGAAAUCGUCGUGGUUGCCAUAUGCAGACAUUUCAAGCUCCAAUGCGCCCAAUUGCCCCAAGCAGCCUUCUGGAUUCUAUCUGCUGGUCAAUAUCUGAGCCAACUUCAACUGCUUGUAUUCAUACAGAUUCUUAUGGUUUUGAGGAUGUAAGCGACCAACACACUUCUAUAUUCUUUGAUGCCAGAGGGGACCCAGAAGCCUCGUUAGAGAACUUCUCUCGUCCACUCAAAGAAAGUGAAAAGGCAGAGUUGAUAUUCAAAAAUCACUUUCUUACGAUUCUGUUUCCAAUUGACCGAUUUAGUGAGAUGGGGCCUUCUUCCAGAACAUACUUCAGCGAUUCUGGUUUUACAUGUUUGCAGGUGUUAGAUCAUAUCUAUGCAUUUUAUCAGGAAAACAUGUCAUCGGAAGACGUAGAUGCUGCAAUUCAUACCGACUCUAGGUAUGCUGAUCGGCUUCGAUCGGUCUAUGCCACCAAAGAGACAGCAGAGCUUGGUUAUGUACGAUUCAAGCGGAUUGAUUUUCUUGGAAGUCGUAAAAGUUUUGAAAUGUUGAAGCGUGUUAAUGGGGAUAACAAUAGCAAUGUGUAUGAGCUGUUGAUCAGAACAUGAGUUCUUCUUUAAGUUUGAAUCUCUCUCCCAUUCCUGGAGACGGAAGACCUGUUACAACUUACAAGCCCCAGCUCCAGAUCAUUGGAUAAUAACUCUUGCGUUCAUCUGUACAAUGAUGAAAAUAAGAUUGUGUUUAUACCUGAAAUUUGUAGAUUAUUGAGUUUCACCGCAUAUAAUAAAUAGUGUCAUGCCAUUGUAUGAUCA